GGGAAAGCCCCUACAAGUUAAAGCUACAACAUAAAUUCUACAGGUUAUCCUCAAUCUCACACCAGAACUGAAACAAAAACAAAAGAACCUCGAGAUGUCACUCAAUGCUGAAGGUACCGAUACUUCAAAUAGGGAUCAAGUACUACAGAACCAAGGAGAAUCUACACAUGUCCUUCGAAAGCACAUAUUAGUCCCAAACCAACUAGCAGCAUUCCAGUCCUCAGACACGCACAAAGCUAUCGUUUCUUACAUAGAAACACUCAAUGAGGCUGUCGUAGGCGCAAAGCUCACUGAUCAGUGCUCAGAAUCUCCUGGUGUAAAAGCAGUGAUACAUUUACUGGAUCAGAUCGAGAAAAUAGCCAAUGACACGCCCCCUGUCGAGAAUAAGGCCUCGAGAUUCGGCAAUCCUGCGUUUAGGACUUUCUACGACAAAGUACAGGAUUUAGCCCCUUCAAUGCACGAAAACUUGCCAAACCUUCCCAGCCAAGACAUCCCAGAAGUAUCCGGUUAUCUUAUCGAAGCAUGGGGAAAUCGCACCCGCAUCGACUAUGGCAGUGGCAUGGAGCUGAACUUUCUGUGUUGGCUGAUUUGUCUUGAACGUCUCAAAGUUGUCGAGGAAAGGGAUCACAUUGCACUUGUAAUCAAAGUAUUUUGGAGAUAUCUGGAGAUAAUGAGGAUUCUCCAGUCCACUUAUUGGCUUGAACCUGCCGGCUCACAUGGGGUCUGGGGCCUGGAUGACUAUCACUUCCUGCCCUUCUUGUUCGGCUCAGCUCAACUUCGAGGGCACAAGUUCGUUAGGCCGAAAGCCAUACAUGAUGCGGAGAUUGUUGACGAGUUGUCGAAGAAUUAUAUGUACUUCUCUUGUAUCAAAUUUAUCAACUCGAUCAAAACAGCAUCGUUGCGAUGGCACUCUCCCAUGUUAGAUGAUAUCUCAGCGGUGAAGACUUGGGAAAAAGUAAACUCGGGCAUGAUCAAGAUGUAUUUGGCUGAAGUACUGGGCAAGCUGCCUGUAAUCCAGCAUUUCCUUUUUGGUUCUAUUCUUCCAUACGAUGGACCCUCAAAUGUAUUUAACGCCAUCAAUCCUGAAGACCCCCACUGGGGGCAUGCACACGCCCACUCCGAACUGGAGGCUAAAAGCGGAUGGGGCGAUUGUUGUGGUAUACCGGUACCAAGUGCGUUCGCUGCAGCUAGGGCGGAGCAGGAGAAGGGUCAGCCUGGGACCAGGCUUACAGGCCCUGGAAUUCGACCCGUACCAUUCGAUUAAUGAGAAGGACCAAACAGCAUAGUUCUUAUUUCUAGUUUAUCACAGCAAUAUACUGUACAUUUUUGUUAUCGUGACCUUGUCUCAAGGAAUAUUCAUAUUCUUUCUCUCGUUCUUAUGACCCACGAUGUCUUUGAUGAGCCCUUUACAGAUGUCUACCAUUGCUUUUCGGCUUUCCCAAAGAGGGAGAAUAGAGGUGAUGCUGGCGGCGAGAAAGAGCCAUACUACAGAUAUAAUGACCCAGGCUUUGAAAAAAUAGAGGGAAAAAAUGUAGCGCGACAGGAACAUCGGGAUGGGAAUUAGGAAAAUGAUGAUGAAGGACAUAGUGAGGGCAGCCAAAAUGGCUACUUUCAAGGAACCUUCGAGUACAGCAUAAUCCUCUAACUCAGUACUCUCCGAUGCCUCAUCGCUGACAGGCAAGGUUUGAGUUUCAGCAGGUACCUGUUCUUUUCUUUCAGAGUCUUGAUCAUGAUGUGUAGGGGACGGGAUGCCAUUAACAUGGUGUAAAGUGAGAGUGUCCGACAUAACCCCUCGAGCCAAUGUGCGACCUCCGGGAUUAAUUUUUCGAGUUUCUGACCAAUUGAAUCUAUUGUCUGGCUUGAACAGCGUCACGACGAUUGAAAUGAUCGGUCCCGAACAAAACGAGCCUAAAUUUCCCGCUAGCAUCGAGUAUGGUUCACCAGUCGUUUCUAUGGUCAAAGCGCCAAAAUACAUCUUAGCAACAAGAAGCCAGCAUGACAGACCAAUGCUGAGACCACCCAGGGCUCCACUAACUGCUGCAGCGCAAGUCUGUUUUCGCCAUAUAACAGUUAGAACUACGGGGCCUACAGCACCUGUGGUGAUGGUGCCGAUGAACAGGAAGAGCCAGUUAAGCGAAAGGCCGAUGCCGUUCCAUAGGCAAGCGGUGCAUGACAUAACUAUGGCCCAAACACACACCAUGAUAUGCGAGAUUCGUAUCAGAGACUCAGGGGAUGCGUCCGGCUUGAAAUGGAUUUGGUAGAUGUCAAACGUCAGGAUGGAUGAUGUCGCUAUCAUUUCGGAGGAUGCUGCAGAGGU